CUUGACAGCAGUUCAUGAGAGAUGGUCAGUCUGUCUGUUUCAGGGGCUGGGUUCGUCUUCUACCUAAGAAGAGGAAAAAAAGUUUAAAGCAUGACGAGACAAAGACACUGACUGAAAGCAGACAAAUAAUGAUUUAAAAACCACCACAACUCACCAUGGCCAUAAGGGAGCUCAAAGUUUGCCUUUUAGGGGACACUGGAGUUGGGAAAUCUAGCAUAGUUUGCAGAUUCGUACAGGACCAUUUUGACCACAACAUAAGUCCCACAAUAGGAGCGUCAUUCCUAACCAAAACAGUGCCAUCUGGGAAUGAACUCCACAAGUUUCUGAUCUGGGAUACAGCCGGACAGGAAAGGUUUCAUUCAUUAGCUCCUAUGUACUACAGAGGAUCGGCUGCUGCUGUCAUUGUCUAUGAUAUAACUAAACUGGACUCCUUCCAGACCCUGAAGAGGUGGGUGAAGGAGCUGAAAGAACACGGCCCAGAGGACAUCGUUGUAGCCAUAGCAGGGAACAAGAAUGAUUUAGGAGACAUCAGGGAAGUUCCUAUGAAGGAAGCGAAGGAGUUUGCUGAAUCCAUCGCAGCUAUUUUCAUCGAGACUAGUGCCAGAAAUGCUGUCAAUGUUGAGGAGCUCUUUCAGAAAAUCAGUAAACAGAUCCCACCCCUGGAGAACCACGAGGAUGAGACGAGCGAGUCCUUCAAACUCUCCCGACAGCCGGCUGCGUCCACCAGGAGGUGCUGUUAGUACCACAGGGCCCUCAGCAUCAGGGACCCAGUGCACACAGUCCAUAACGCACAGUGUCUCAAUCUGGGGGAAGACGGGACAAGACUGUGAACAGACAGAGGUCAGCUUGUCAACAUGAAACAGCAGUAUUAAGGGUCAUUGCACAUUUUUCUAAUUAUUCGUAGCAGUUUAAACUCUUAUGGGGUCUGGAAGCCUUCAGUUUGGCGCCCUCAGAUGGGGUUUUGCCUGAAUUACAUCAAGAUUACUCAGUGUUGUACGGCACACAGCUCAGAACAGUUAAAUCCCAGUUUACAAACUUUAAAAUUCAGCACACAUUAAUAACAAGUAGGGCUGCACCGAAAAGUUGAAGCAUUGACAUUUGAUUUUCUAAAUCGGCAUUUGUUUGUGUUGUUUACUCUUUUUGUUUAAACAAGGUAUUCAUGCAUAGUUUCAAACAAAGAUAUAUUUUGCCUAAUAAAAUUACUAUAAUACUAUUUGUCGAAUUAGAUUCCAAUUUGAUUCAUGUGAUGGAAACAUUUCUCAUAACUUGUACAGUCCAAGUAAAAAUGUGUUUAAAAAGAUAGUUAUCUUUUUCCUCCAUUCACGACAUGUUUUUAUGAAACAAAAUGUUUUUCUUCAAUCAAUAUUUGUUGGCGUUCAACUGACAUCAUUAUUAUUAAAACUGUUUGCUCUUGCCAAAUGGAGACAAGCACCUGUAUCAAUAGGAGUGUCUAGCAGCAAAAUAACAGCAACAUAAAUGACAUCUAUCUAGCCAUAAUAACUCAUUUUUUAAAGAUGUCAUUCACGUACGUCAGACAUUCAAAGGUAAUUCAAAAUCCUACAUAUAAGCUUUGAAUGUAAAAUAAAUCACAUUCGGUGCAGCCCUAAUAACAAUUGAUUUAGCUGAUGUGUUUUUUAAAGCCUGGUUUUGAUUGUUGAUGCAAUUACGUUUUCAUUUCAGGAGCGCUAGGAUUCUUUGCACCGUGUCUCUUAAAUGGCACACAUUGAAUGAAGUUUUAAUUACAAUUGUUCAACAAGGUUACUGUUUUCCUCUAAUUUUGUACAUUUAUGUAUCAAAUUCAACUACAAUACAUUGAAUAGGAGGUUGUCGAGAUCAGACCUUAGCCAAACACUCACUUCUGUGUUUGGCUCCAAAUGCAGCGGCUUUACAUUCUUCAGCGUUGUGUGUUUUUUCACAUUAACUGUCUAAGGGUUUUACGAUAAAGCUGCAGGAUAAACAGCUUACAGGCCUGGUUACAGUAUGACACCUUCUGUUGAAACGCUGUGAUCAAUACUAGAAUUGUUUACAUGGUUAUUUGUUAGAGAUGUUUUCUACAUGCUGAAAUGUGUUGUCUGAGAUUUCACUACAGGGAAUGAAUUUAAAAUAUUUUUUUUUUACCUGAAAAUGGGAUUCUUUUAUGCUGUUAAGAAGAAAAAUGACCUGCAUGUGUUUUGAUCUAAACGUGUCCAUAAGGGUAAACCCAACUCUAAAAGAAAAUAAGGGAAUAUAACUGAAUACUUCAGCUUGCAAAGAAGUGGAAUAAUGGUAACAAUACAUUUUCUUUGUCGUAGUUGUAUAAAAUACAAUUAUGUUUAAUGUUGGCUGUUGUUUCUUUUGGCCAUUAGAUUUGACUAUUCGAGAAAUGUUUAACAGCAUUUUUCCAUUUGUUUACCAGUAUUAAUUUGGAGUCACUUUUGAGUAAGAGUUCAAACUGUCACAGAACUUCUUAACAGUAUUUUUUUUUUUUACAUGAAAGUUGGCUUUCAUACAUGGUUUUGUUUGUAACAGUAUAUUUUUUUCUACAUCUCUAAAGCUUGAAAUAAUCAUGAAAUCAUUUGUACUUAAUUUGGUUAGUGCAAUGUAAAAGUUAUUUAAAAACGUUACUCUUUUAACAACAUGAAAGAUGGGAUAAUGGAGUUCAAUUCAAAACUGUUGGUUCUUUUAUUCUUAAUUUUGCUGAUCUGUAACAUUCCUCUUUCAUGUAAAGUCACGCCGAACUGCUUUCCAAAAUUUGCUAAUUUAUGUGGCCUUGCUUCCACUAAAAUGUAACGCACUGAUUGGCUGAAAUUGACAUUUGAAACUUAAUUAGGAGCGGCUUGGUUGACCAGAUGUUUUCAAAUGCAGUUUGAUGUGUUAUUAUGCCAUGCAAGAGAUGAUGACAUAAUGAGCAAAAACGUUUUAUAAGAUUUUAUGUAAUAUGUUGCCAUUGUCACGAGAUUUUCAUUUAUAUUUUUCCCAGCACAGUGCCUUUUUUAUGUUUUUUCUAAACAAAUGUAUGACAUGGCUUAAAAAUGCAUACUGCAAGAAUAAUGCAUGAGUACAGACUAAUUGUAAAAGUCAACUUUGAAACUGCCAAUAAUGUACACCCACCCUUAUAAAGUAUGCAUAAGACAUGCUUCCCUGUAUCCUCUGUAGACCAGAAUAACUUUUAUAUAUUAAUCAGUGUAAUAAAGUUGUGAUUAUUCAAU